AUCAGUUACGGUUUAGAAUCAUUGCAGACUGUGUAAUUUGACGUCGCGUUCACUUCAUAAAAUUCAUGCAGACUAUUCAGUUCAGCAUAAAUACAGUUUAUAUUACAGCGCUUACACGCUAAACCAGUGAUAAACGUUCGCGUAUUUCGUGAGGAGAAACAUUAUCGGUGUCUAAUAUUCUCUGCAUUGGCGCCUCGUUUUCGUUAGUAUAUCAGUACAUAAACAAACGCUGUUAUCGAGGUCGUUUCUUUAAGAUCGCUACUCCACAUCAAGUUGCAGACAUGGCAGCGGCUUUCUUUCUGGUAGCGGUCUUGGGUCCACUUUUAUCUCAGGCUAAAGAUACCCUUACAGUGACAAAGGCAGCCUACUUUGACAUUGAAAUUGGGGGAGAAAAAGCUGGAAGAAUUGAGAUUGGCCUUUUUGGAAACACUGUUCCUAAGACAGUAGAAAACUUUGCCCAACUGUCUUCUGGCCAGAAUGGGUAUGGAUACAAGGGUAGCAAGUUUCACAGAGUGAUAAAAGAUUUCAUGAUUCAGGGUGGGGACUAUGAUAAGGGAGAUGGGACAGGAAUCAAGAGUAUAUAUGAUGGCACAUAUUUCGAUGAUGAGAACUUUGAUAUAGAGCAUUAUGGGGCAGGCUGGGUGAGCAUGGCUAAUGCAGGGAAAGACUCCAAUGGUUCUCAGUUCUUCAUCACCACAGUCAAGACUCCCUGGUUGAACGGGAAACAUGUUGUGUUUGGAGUGGUCACUAAAGGGAUGAGCGUGGUUAGGAAGAUUGAGAACUCGAAAACUGACAGCAAAGACAAACCAGAAACGAAUGUAGUCAUAGCAGACUGUGGUGUGUUGGACGUCAAUCCUUACGAGGUCAUGAAAAAGGCAGUGGAGUAAACUGUGAUACUCAGGGAUUUAUAUUUAAGGUUAUUACUCACUGAUUUCACACAUAAUUGAUUAAUAUUGCAGAAUAAUAACAACUUUUAUUGAAGAGACUGAUUAAUGGAAAUGUUUAGGGAAUUAUGAACUGAAAGUAGGUUACAAUUUUUUCUUAAAAUGAAGUUUUGUCUUUUAAGAAACGGAAAAAAGAGCGAGUUGGGUCAUGACAUCAGGUGCGUUUUGACAAAUUACUAAAAUGAUAGAUUUUUAAAUGAAAAAAAA